UCACCGGGGCCACGCCCCUUCUCUUAAAGGGGCCCCGCGUAUUCGGUCCCAUCAAUCCCCUACAACGUGAAGUAUCGGCUACUUUAGAAAACAUGGGGGAUGCAAGUUCAACAACGGCUUGAAGUAAAUGAGUGUUUCUGGUCACGGUCGGUGAAAUGCUUCUGAAGCUGCGUUAUGUGUCGCGAGACUUUCCAGCGGUGGAAUCUCACGUGCAGAGCAAGAAGCACAGAGACUAGCGAAGGCCGCCAGCAGCCCGCGGGGCUAGCUCCUGCUCCGCCGCCAGCUCCUGCUCCGCCGCCAGCAACAACGUCAACGCUACAACGAUGGAGGUCACCGGAGGAAAUCCAGCACCGUGCAACAAAGAGCUCAUCACCGAAGACCAACGCUGCGGUGCGUUCUUCAUUCUGUUCCACGAGACUGGACCAGACCACCGCGAGCAGACAGCUGGACUUCAUGUGCGCUAUUGGUGAAAUGACCACGUCCUGUCAGGAUCCUAUGGAGCUCAUGGGCCAUGACACCGCCCAGGACCUACUUCAGCAUCUCAAAGAGAAUGGACCAAAUGUCAACUGGAAGUUUUUGUAUUCAUAUAGUUUGAAAAAGAUUGUUUUCCUAGUAUAUUCACAAAAGCUCAGGAGUAGACAUGAACCUGUGCACAAACAUCCAUCACAUAGAGACAUGAGAACUCGCACACUCUCACACACACACGCAUACAUUCUAUUAUGUAAAUGUAUUUGCAUUUUAAAAGCAGCUGGAAAUGUUAUCUAUGUUAUUUUAUAGAUUUUUUUGUUCAAAAGGAACUAUGUUGCACGUAUUUAAAAAAUAUAUUUACUUGAUUUUAUAGGCAUUUGUUCAUGGGACCUAAAUGUUGUAUUAAUAAAUAUAAUUUACAACAGCAAUGACAUUUGUGUUAUCCUUUUGCAUUACACCAUACUGUUAAUUUUGAACAGACAUCAGUGUGUUUACUUUGAAUUAAUUAAUUUAGAUUAAUGUAUAUUUCCUUCGUAUGUUAGGUCUUAAAUUUUAUUGAGACGUGGUCUUAAAAAGUCUUAAAUUUCACUGGUUUAUUCCUGUAGACACCCUGUUGUUGCACAAGGGCUAUUUCAUACAGUACCACCGUAGUCAACUAUACUGUAAUUUAUGAGAACAAUCAACAUCUUUGGUUCUAUUGCCUUCAUCUUGUAACUGUCUGCCCAUAUUUAGUUCAGUCUGUAUUUCAGUUUUUAUCAUUUGUCUCCUAAAAUGGACUAAAAUGUCCAUCUGUGCACAUGCAUGUAACCAUGUCCACCUGAAUUGUUUCAAUUAAAUCCCAAAUGAAUUAGGAUCUGUAUUAUAAUUGUAUCUCAUGACUUUCCUUUGGCCUAUUUGAAUGUAAAGUGGGGUUUGGACAUUUUCUUAAAAAGUCUUUCUUUUAUUAAUUUAGACUGUUUUACACAUAGUUGACUUGUGAAAAGAACCUAGGAGAUGAACAGUGUGGCAUCAACUACCUGUAGCUACCUGUCCUGUACAGUUUCUUUCUGUUAACACGUCUCAGUAAGAUUUCUCUUGUAAGAUCCUCUUUGCACUACACAGACAUGAUUUCAUAGCUACUAAAUGUGUUCUUAGAACUGAUAUCUGGUCUGUUUUUAUUAUAUUCUACGAUGUAUCCGUCCAGAGAAAGAUAUUUUAACAAAUGCAUUGAUGCAUUUUGUCAAAAAUAUAAUUAUGCUCAUAGCUGCUUACUUCAUAGCCCCCUGGUGGUGUCAAGAGCAGGGUUGACUCUGUCCCACCUCCAUGUGCCAAAAAUAGACCAGCCAGAAAAGAAACCUGCUGCUCGAAGAUCAAGGGACACUUUUGAAUCUGCUGGAUCCGUCUCAAAACAGAUGAGAAUUCUGAAAUUGAAGAUUUAAUUUAGCUAGCUCUACACUGCACCAUUUUCCUAAAUGAACUGUUUCUGUUGACGUGUGGUCUUGAAUCUUUGCUCUCAGCUGUUUGAACAUGUGUGCUGUCCAAGAGCGCGUGACAGUGAGAGCUGCACCAUGGAGACGAGCCAGUGGAACACGGACCAAACGGCUUGUUUGACCUCAAUCUUUCCAUUUGCAAGGGUUGCUUGAAAUUCUUUAGGGGACUUGUCUUCCCUUAUUUUUAACUUAACGUUUUGGAGCUUUAACAAAUCACACAGGUGGUAUUAAAACGGUUAUGUCUAAACCUGGAUCCAAACAACACUGGCAGUGGGAUGAAUCCUCUUGGGCAACACUUCAUGAUAUUGUUAGAGUGGAUAGGUUUAAGGCUGAGCAAUAUUCUUACAAGGCUUUGGGGAGCUUUUCCAGAAGUCAAAAGCCAGAUCGCCUCCCCAGGUAUCACAGAUACUGCAUCAUGCAAAGCCGACUCUGAGUGGAAAACCAAUGAGGCUCUUCGCACAUAUCACCCUGGAGAUGGAGAAGAAAUCACUGUAACAGUCCAAACAAGCACUUGUGCAUUCCAUGUGGAUCUUGGGAGACUCUCCGAGUGCAGUGAGUACUUCCGAGCCUUGUCCCAGUCCAACAUGAGAGAGACCUCAGAGAGCCUCAUCCACCUGGAACAUGUGUCCUCCUCCGCCUUCCACAAUCUCCUUGAGUUUUCCUUCCUUGAUACGUUUAAAGUCCCUGUGGAGGAGUUGGGCACACACAUCCAGGUCAGCAGCUAUCUCCUGGCCGAGGCCUUCCUCUCCAGGUGCUUGUCCGUCCUCGCAGAUAAACUCAGCCCAGAUAACUGUUUGUCUUAUCUGAGUCUGGCCCAGGAGAUCUGCUGUGUGGAGCUGAAGACGACAGUGUUCACCUACCUGAGUAGAAACCUGCUGGAGCUUCCUCACCUCAUCAAGUGUCUGAAUGGUGCAGAGAAGGACGAAGUUGUCCACCUGAGGAUGCGAGGAGACAGACGUCUCUGCAGCCUUAGGAAAGAGAACCUGACUUCUUGGAAUGACCCAGAAACAGAACGUGCUCGACAUGUCUUCACCCUGAAAGGGUCAGAGGACAGCGGAGAUUGGUAUCCAGUUACAGAGCUUCCUUUCAGUGCUGAUAAGUGGUGCUUCACUGCAGUGGUCCUGUAUAACUACCUGUACGUAAUAGGAGGCUACCGCCAGCCUGUGAAGAGAGGAUGGGAGUUCAAGAUGGCUUCCUUCAGGUAUAAUCCGUUUACUCAUUCGUGGGCCGCCACAGCUCCUCUGCUCAAGCACAGGAGGCACUUCAGUGCAGCGGCCUGUGGAGGCUGUAUUUACGCUGUGGGAGGCUGGUACUUGGACUCACUGGUGACCCCAGACUCCAACACAGCUCUUUAUACAGCUGUCGAAUGCUAUGACCCAUGGGAGGACACAUGGAGGUUUGUCUCCUCGCUGCCACUCACGGACUUCCAGUUCACCAUGUCCUUGUCCCAUGACGUGCCCCUGAUCACGAGCCUUGGACCCUGUCUCUAUGUGUUGGGGAUUAUCCAGAGGACUGGAGAGAAACUGCUGUUGAAGUACAACACGAGUCAAGACUGCUGGUCUGAACUGCUUCCCACCCUUACCAGAGCAGAUGCCGACCUCCCUACACUUUACUUCCUGGGUGCCACUGACCGGCUGCAUGUGAUUGGUGCAAACAACUCUGACAAUGUGGUGACAUCAUUCUGUGUGCAGUCACAAAGAUGGGGACAGGUACACAAGGCUGAGAAAGUGGCAUUUGCAGGACAGGGGGCAGUUGUAGGUCAACAGGUCCUGAUGCCAAGUAUACAGCACAACACUGUUGCAACGAUGGAUCUCCAAACCCUCUCCCUCAGACUUCUGCCUCCUUUACCCAUCUCCACCCGCUAUGAAGCUGUCUUUUAUCUCCACUUUUAACACGAUAGUAUAUAGUGCACACAAUGUGUUAUUGUUUUUGUGGCUGAAUGUUAUGCUACUUAUGUUUUCCUCAAACAUAUGAGAAUAAACUCCUAUAUCUGGA